AUGGGCUCCAAUAUUUCUACUCCUUCUGAGGUGCAACCUGUUGAAGUGACUGAAGAGAUGACAAUUCAAAAGACGUGCGAGGAAGCGGCUGGCUUCAGAAUCGGCUUCUACACCAAAAUCAAAGCAGGAUGGAACUCUCAAGCCUUAAAUGAUACAAAGAUGAUUCAUUAUCUCUAUCGCAUCUUCUACAUGGCGCCAAACGAUCAAGAGGUGCAGGUCUUUGAGUGGCAUAAUUUUUUCGACAUUCACCAUGACUUUCCGAUGCGCGUUCAUAUCGACAAUAACGAGGACCACAAAAAGUGUGCCUCCAUGGCUGAAAUAAUUGUGUGGUUCAGCAAGCCGGAAAAAGACAGGAAUGCUUUGAGAAGACUCGGAAAGGCACCAAAUAAAAUCUACUGUCUGGGGUGCAAAACAGUCGAGGAGAAAGAGUUUCUCAGCUUGAUGGCAAUGAGAAAAAUGACGGAACAAGAGAAAGCGGCAUCUUCAUCAGUUCUCACAAUCAGCGACAAAGCAGUAAAACGAUUGGGAAUGUCACAAUUAGAUGUCGCAGUUGCGGCGAGAGAAUGUGCGCGAACUCCUACAACCAAUCCUUGUCAAAAUGCCCUAAUGUCAAGUGUCAUCGGACUCCCUCUUCGCCGUUCGGCCUCAGCACUUUUGUUCCCAGUGACCGAUCUUCUUGACCAACAUUGCAUUAAGGAAUCUAAAAACAACAUGUUGCUCGAUCCUUCCUCAUGGCACAUGGACAAAGCAUCUUCUUCAUAUGAUCUUAACAAAGCUGAAACUAAACCCAAGAAAAAACUGUCGAGGGCCGAUUUCAUACCCAAAAUAUUUGUUGGGGGCAAAAACUUGGGAGAGCCUUCUGAGAAAACAGAAAAGGCUUCGAAUUCUGAAGAAAUUCAGCGGAAAAACGGGACCGUUGACAUACCGAUAUUGAAGCAAAGCGAGGCUCACAAAAAGUCAAUCGCAAAACGCAAAAUGCAUGAGCGUCUUCUGAAAGCUAGUGAGUGGUGUCGCGUCACCGAUGAGGAUAAAGCGGUACUUGUAGAAAUUAAAGUUCGCCAGAGACUUCUCCUUAUCCAGCACUACAUCCGAGGGUGGCAAGAUAUGGGAAUCAAAGACAAGUGCAUGGCCAAAUGGUUGAUGGAUGACAUUACCAAGCCACUUCACUCUCGUCGCUUCGCCAGUUUUGAAUAUCAUCAUUUUAUUCCAUCACAUGAUCUUCAGAUCAUCACCAAAUUGAACAAAGCCCAAAUGGAGAAAUAUGCAAGAAACUAUAUAAUGUAUAUGCAACGUGUUGAAAGUCUAAAAAGCUAUACAAGUGGUCGUGGUGAAAUGCAGAAGAAAUCGGAUGACUCUGGUUAUCCGCAACUGUGA